UAAUUAAUAAUGAUAGUUACUGACGCGUGCUUAACAUUUAAAUCAACGUGUAAUUGUCUGGUCUGCCAAGUAAAUUUUGGUUUAAAUUAACACCUGUGAAAAAAUGAAAACAUACCUGAAUAUAUGGAUAUUUAUGUUUUGCCUUGUGCUUAACUCUGGCAAAUGUCUUAGAGGUCUUACAACUGAAGAAAGAGAAUAUGUUGAAAGAUUCAACAGUUACCAUGGCAACAACAAACCAGACCUCAUCAUGGAUGAAGCAUGGAUGACCUUCAACUCUACUGUGACCUUUGACCUACUUUUGUACAUGCACAACCAUGAAUGUUGGAAGUGUGACCUGAUCUACAUCCACACUAUUCCUGGCGGUUCGAGCACUUCAAUGAAGCUGAACACCACAUAUGGAACCACAUUCGAAAUCCGGAGAAAUGUGCUGAUGCAGGACACAGAGACAAUCAUAUGUGGAUUUUCCGAGAAAUUUAGGGAAAACGGCGACUAUUGGCUAUUUUUCAACCAAACAAACUUUGAAACGACAACAUGCGACUUUUCAAUUGCCAAUGAUCCCGCGGCUGCAGAAAUGCCGAUACUCUAUGUGGCCAUAGGUGUGUUGGUUCUGGGGAUUGCCGUCAAGAUUGUGGUGUAUAUAUACAGGAGACAAGUGUCUAUUCGGAAAAAGUAUGACCUUGGAAUUGACUCAACCUCCUCUGUGAACACCAAUGACCUCGCUAUGACAGUACCGGGUGACCCGACGUCACAGGAAGACGUUCCAAACACGCACAGCAAACGUCAACGUCUUCACAGUCUAGACACGUUCAGAGGUUUAAGCUUGCUGAUCAUGAUAUUUGUGAAUUACGGUGGCGGGGGAUACUGGUUCUUCGACCACCCGCCUUGGAACGGACUCACAAUUGCUGACCUCGUUUUUCCAUGGUUUGUGUUCAUUAUGGGCGUGUCUAUGAACUAUUCGUUCCGGGGCAUGUUGAAGCGCGGGAAAACUCGCUUGAGGAUUCUGGGAAAAGUUUUAAAAAGAGCUGCCCUACUGUUCGCAUUUGGAAUAAUUUUGAACACAAAUUGGGGACCGGUGGACAUGAAGAAAUUGCGGAUCCCGGGGGUGCUACAGCGGCUCAGUCUCAGCUACCUAAUUGUUGCACUCAUGGAAACAGCAUUCGCCGCCUUGCACGACCGCGGACAGGCUGGGCGCUUUAAAUGGUUGCGGGACGUAGUUUACCUGUUGCCAGAGUGGAUCAUCAGCCUGUGUAUCUUAGCAACGUACCUCGCGCUCACCUUCGCUAUGCCUGUACCUGGAUGUCCCACAGGCUAUAUCGGACCAGGCGGCUUACACGCAGGCAAGGCUUAUCAGAACUGUACUGGCGGGGCGGCGGGAUAUAUCGACAGGGUAGUACUGGGGCAUAACCACAUCUACGGGAACCCCACCCCGAAGGCUAUAUACCAGACGGUUGUCCCCUACGACCCUGAAGGAAUUCUGGGAACCUUAGCCUCCAUAUUUCUCUGCUUUCUUGGUUUGCAGGGAGGUCGGAUUUUUGUGACUUACAAGGGACACAAGAGCAGAAUCAUUAGGCUCAUAGUUUGGUCUUUGAUAACAGGUGCCAUAGGAGCUGCCUUAUGCAAUGUCUCGAAAAACGACGGAAUCAUCCCACUAAAUAAAAACUUGUGGUCGGUGUCGUUUGUGCUGGUGACGGCGUGUUUCGGCUACUUCCUGUUGGCAGCGUUGUACGUGGUUAUCGACGUCUUUCAAGUAUGGGCGGGAGAACCAUUCAUUUUCGCAGGAAUGAACCCGCUGGUGCUGUAUCUCUGCCACGAUAUUUUCUACCGGUUCUUCCCGGUUAAUUUCCAAGUGGAUCCGGUACAUUGGAGGUUGCUGUUGAAGGCAGUAUGGGACGUUCUCAUUUGGCUCACGCUCGGAUUUGUCCUCUACUGCAAGAAAAUCUUCAUCGCCCUUUAAAGGAACUCGUUCAGAGAUUUCAUGUUGCCAACAUAUUCUUCUAAUUUCUUCAGAUUGAGUUUUUUCAACUAUUUUUUAUAAUCAAACAAUUAAUAGACGGCAUGCAGCUUAAAAUAUUCAUUUGAACACGGUUUUAUUAAUUCAAGGCUUAAGCUAUUCUAGUUGAUAUGUUUGGAUGUCUGCUCCUGUAAAACGUGAACGAGUCCCUUUAUCAUAUCGACAGUUAACGUUUGUGUUUAUCGUUUAGCCUUGUGUGAUUUUGUUGAGAGGAAUUAUUCAAUGACUUUCUACUAUAUAUAUGCAUAUUGGUUUGUUCAGCAUUGGGAAAUGCAUACAUGUACGUAUUGUUUAGAUUAUGAAAAUAAUAAUCUCAAAUAUAAAGUAUACUUGUAACCUGCUAGCAUAGAAUUUUAUUAGGAGGCGGAAGCUUUCAUAUUACAUAUACAUGUAUAUUAAUAUGGCUUUUAUUUAUAUCGUUCAUUUACAGUAAACUAAGCAAAAUUGUAAUUAUAUGUAAACAGAGGUUCUAACAGCUGAUAACUGGCAGUCCUUAAAAAAUAACCGGGAUCUGUUAGAGUAUGAAGGAUUCAUAUCCAAAAUAGGACGAAGGAGCCAAGACCUUUUUUAAAUUGUUUCCAAAGUUAUUCAUAGUCAUUUGAGGACACUUCCUAUCGUCUUCGUUGCAAAUGACCGAGUGAAAAUAACUGUACAUUAGUCUGAAAUUGAGGGUAAUCAAUCCUGAUUUAAGGAUUAAUUCUGAACUUUAGAACCCCUGUAUAAAUAAAUACACCUUUGUUAUGAACACAUGCAUUUACGAAAGAAAUCAAGUCUCAAUUUGAACUUAAAAUUAACUUUCCAACAAUAUGACAAAUACAAUGUUUUACGUGUUUGUGUUUACCUAAAUUGUAUGUAGAGAAUUUAACUGCAGUAAUUAAUCAUGAAUUGUAUAUUUUUGUCAUUAAAAAGUACAAAUUGCUUUAUA